AUGAAGUGUCAACAAUGCAUGUGGUCUAGGUAAGGUGUGAUUCUACUUAUAAUCACACGCUGGGCGCACUUCUGACUGGGCCUGCUGCGCAAGGUUAAAUUCUCUUGUUCGUAAAUCUUCUCUCUGGCUUCAAGGUCGUCGUCGUCGUCGUCGCCUUCGUCGCCGACACUAGUGCUGAUGAUGCCAUUGGUUCCUGCGCCGUCUGACCACCGUGUGCGGAUUUUCCGAAUUCGCUGCGCGCCCGUCUGCACAAUUUGCGCCUGGUUUUCAGCCACACCCUGGAGCCCAGACAGGCACUGGAAACCGCGCAAUGACGUCAUCGUCCUCUCUCUCUCUCUCUCUCUCUCUCUCUCUCUCUCUCUCGGGCUACGCUACGUUUGCAUCAGUACACAAAAUCGCUAAUUUAGGACGCUGUUAUUUCCAAGGUGCGAUAUUAUCUCCAGACUGUCCAGCCACCUAGAGCCCUUGUCUACGCGUUUCCCUCACUUUUUAAUUUCCUAAAUUAAUGCGCGCGACAAAUGCUUCCUAGGCUUGGCGCGAAAGAAUAUUUGAACUGUAAUCUAUCAGCCUCAGCAGAAUAACCGCACAAUAAUCACAGAGACGGUCAACAGAUGGAAUGCAGUACACAAGUGUUGAAUGAUUCAACCGACUGACACCACUGGUACUAAUUAAAAAGUUUAACCAUGCAUUUCGGUUGCCAGUAUACUCCUCCCUUGUCCCCUUACCUGCCUGAACCACAGCAGUCGCUAUCCGACUACAUGCGAGAGCCCUAGACUGAGUCCGAAAACAGGAAAGGGGCCAGCACGUCCCGUCGUAAUCUGAUCGAUGAGCGCUUCUCACCAGAGUUAGUACACCUAAUCAGAAAGCCGCAGGACAAUGACCCUGUAGCUCACUGGUAGAACGCUGAUAUAGCUUAAUAGCCAAGGCGCUCCGGACCGAAUCUAGGGUCUGGCUGACUGGCGACAACUGGUGACAGUCCGACCAUCGAUUUCGAUGAUGUCCACCGUGUGCCCCACAGCUGCAGCAGCGGUGGAAGCAGGGAUGGUGACUUGCGCAGGGGGUUUAUAGUGCCAGUAGACUUGCGCUGCAUCUACCUGCACUCUCUCCUCCUCCCUCGCCGUCGACUGAAUCACUUUCACCUUAGCUGUCUUCGUCGCAUCCUGAAGGUGAACUGGCAGGAUCGAAUCCCCGACACUGAUAUGCUGGAACGGACGGGAAUCCUCAGCAUCUACACCAUGCUGAGACAAAUGCAGCUGCGUUGGAGCGGCCAUCUGGUGCGCAUGGACGACGAGCGACUACCCAAACGACUCUUCUACGGAGACGUCGUCACGAGCUCUCGCCGCCAAGGAGGCCAAAUUCGUCGAUACAAGGAUACUCUGAAGUCCGCCCUGAAGCAUCUGCAAAUUAACCCGACCAACUGGGAAGAGCUCGCCCUCGACCGACCGACCGACCGACCUGGCGAAGGAAAGUGA